CUCACCACGUGCCGUAGUGACAUCACAUCCAAAACAAGAGACGGCUUGCUGGUGGUUAUUGUCGAGCGGCUCAAACUCAAAGGGGGAUUUCUUCCCGUAGUUUACUUUUAUCACGAUGUCGCAGGAUCCCUGGUUACAGAAUUAUGAUGCCACUUGUCGUCUGGCACAAGAAAUAGCAGAAAAUAUCCAUGAAAGGAACAAGCAGCAGAGAACAGGGGGGAACCCUGCAAAAUUAAACAUGACUCUACGGGCGUCACUCCAGAAGCUCAAACAGAAUAUUGCCCAGCUCAAAGAGGGCUUGUUGCGAGCCUCGUCCUCUCGGCGCAUAAUGCAGUCUGAAGCUGACAGGAGGCAGAAUCUAAUUGAUGACCUGCUAACUAGAGAGAAACAGCUCAACGCUACUUUCAAGGGAGACAUCACAGAGCCUCAACCCACCAGGUCUUCCUUGAUGGCUGGAGGGUCAGCAGCCAGUGGAAGUGGUGUGGCCAAUCCUUGGCUGAUCAAUGAAUCAGAGGAGACCAAAGGGCUGACCUUUGGGGAGAUUAAACAGCAGCAACAAAGAAUUAUUGAUGCCCAGGAUGCAGGCUUGGAUGCGCUAGCAGCUGUCAUCAGCCGGCAGAAGAUAAUGGGCCAGGAGAUUGGAAACGAGCUGGAUGAACAUAACGAAAUCAUCGAUGACCUUGCACAUCUCGUUGACAAGACCGAUGACAGGAUUCGUAAUGAGACACGGAGGGUGAAACUGGUGGAAACAAAGUCAGCCUCAUGUGGGAUGCUGGUGGUGAUUGUCCUGCUUCUGAUCGCCAUCAUAGUGGUCGCCGUGUGGCCGGUGUAGCCGACGACGCUUGAAGGACAAUCAUGGAUUUGCGUUGGACUGCUGUAAUACCAGUGUUUGGGCAGAAAACUACUUAAAAACCAGACACAGACUCUCAUUUAAAAGCUGUCUCUCAUUAACCCUUCUGGUUACUGGACCUGACUGUCUGACAAUGGAAAUGUGAAAUGAAGACUCGGUUAUUUAGAUGCACAGAUUUGUUUUUAUACCUAAGUCAUCAGUAAAGCGUGCUGGUGACAUUUUCUGCGUGUGUGUAAAUCAUCUUCUUUAAUGGUUGUUCAUUAAAAUAAUUAAUCAUCAAAAUGUUAAGUUAUUUGGCAGUUUGUAAGUAAUUUGAAAAAUAUUUUUAGCCAGGCCUGUAGGGAAUGUUGACCUAACUGUAGGACCUCCCGCAGGAAGCAGGAGCUUUCCUCUCAUAAGUCUGUCUGUGGUCGUCUUGAGGUUUACAUUGGGUACAGUAACUCUGCAAGCUUUGCAAUAUUCACACUCACUUAUAUUUACCCAUGCAUUGCUGUAGCAGCUGUAAUGCUAUAAUUUUGUUUGGAUUUUAUAAUGUUUAUAGAAGCGCUUGUAGCCAAAACAAACAGCUCGACUGUGUUACUAACAUGGCUCUUUUCCUUCCUUGUAAAUCAAUUCCGCUUGUAAUUUCUCAUAAAUGACAUUUCCAUUUAAUAGCCACUGGAUUCCUGUCUGUCUGCGUUUACACCGUACUCUGUUUGCUUGUCUCUCUGGAGGACCGGAGUGUUUUUAACAUGUCUUUUUUUGCUGGGGUGGACCUUUAGUGCACUAGUAGCUUGUUCAUACUUUCCAUUAUGAAAUCCUCAUAAUAUUUUUCCUGCUGGACUUGAAUCGACCACCAGUAAAAUGGAGAAAAACUGGUUAUAUGCCACAAAUAAAUGAAUAAAAAAAUACAAUUCAAGGCAACAGAGGCUUUUUUCCCAAUGUAACAAGAGUUUAUUUCAACUGAAAAUCUGAAUUUAGUUCUACCAAGUUGGUGUGUUCAGUAGUUUUUUUUUCCUUCUUUAAAAUCAAUGAUCUAAACAACCACAAACAAGUAAAAAUAAAAAAAGUUGAAGACAAUAAAAUCCACAAUGUCUUGUGUCAUUAAAUAUAUUCAUAUAUAAUAACCAUAAUAUAUUAGUAGGCAUUGUAAAACAACAUUGCUAAAAGUCUUUGCAAUGGUGACGAAAACAUUUACAAUUCAUAGUAUGGACACAAAGCAUCGCUUUGACGUGUGUUUAUGGCGUUUCAUCUGGAAGCUUGUCGAACCAUUGCUCCAAAGACAGAUGUAAAAUUUACAGCAUGAGGCUACAGAGACGACAGACGUGUGAUUACAGGUUACAAUGUGCCAAAAAAUAAAAAGAAAUACAUCAAAAACAGUGUAGGUUUAACUAACAGAGGGCAGGAGUUUACUGUACAUUUCAUCUGUUUGAUGAAGCCACUAGCAUGUAGAGUUUUUAGCUGGAUGAAAUAGUUAAAAUAUUUCUGAU